AUGUCUCACUUCACUGUCGGCACUUUUUUCGCCUCUACCGCUACCGCUCUCGCGCCGUUCCUUGCCGUCUACUACAUGCCGCAAAAGGCAAAGGCACAGACACCCUCUGCGCUGUCCACGCUCCCAAAGCCCCGUCCCCUGGCGGCCCUGCGCGACGCACGCGAAAACGCAAAGACAACACCGGAAUUCAACCUUCUCUAA